AUGAAGCCCUUACGCUUUAUCGCACGCCAAUCACCUUCUAUUCGUUCCACAGCUAGCUUCUGUGCAGUUCGGCCGGCCGCUUUUUCACAAUCCCACUUUCAGACCUACCCCUCCCCCUCCAACCGCUCUCCCAUUUCCUCCCACCACAACCGCACCUUCACCACCUCCAGUCACCUCUACAGGGCCCAACUCAUACGCAAGAAGCAGCCCGUCGCCGCCGCCGCCGACGACCACAAAUCCGAGAUGACGUCUACCGCGACGACCCUCAAGGGUCAGCCCCUCGACCGGCCGACCCUCGACGCCAUGCUGCGCCGCCGCAUGUUCUUCACCCCCGCCUUUGAGAUCUACGGUGGUGUCGCCGGUCUCUACGACUACGGCCCGCCCGGUUGCGCCCUCCAGGCCAACAUCAUUGACCUCUGGCGCAAGCACUUCAUCCUCGAGGAGGACAUGCUCGAGGUCGACUGCACCGUCCUGACCCCCCACGAGAUCCUCAAGACCUCUGGCCACGUCGACAAGUUCGCCGACUGGAUGUGCAAGGACCCCAAGAACGGCGACAUCCUGCGCGCCGACCACUUCGUCGAGGACGUGCUCGAGGCCCGCCUCAAGGGUGACAAGGAGGCCCGCGGCGAGAAGGUCGAGGAGGAGGACGACCCCAAGAAGAAGAAGAAGAGGAAGCAGGCCACCGUCGCCGUCAAGCUCGACGACGCCCUCGUCCAGGAGUACUCCGAGGUCCUGGCCAAGAUCGACAACUACAACGGCGAGGAGCUCGGCGAGCUCAUCAAGAAGUACGACCUCAGGAACCCGGCCACCGGCCUCCAGCCCUCCCCUCCCGUCGCCUUCAACCUCAUGUUCCAGACAAAGAUCGGCCCCUCCAGCAACACCCCCGGCUACCUCCGCCCCGAGACCGCCCAGGGCCAGUUCCUCAACUUCGCCAAGCUCCUCGCCUUCAACAUGGAGCAGAUGCCCUUCGCCUCCGCCUCCAUCGGCCGCUCCUACCGAAACGAAAUCUCCCCGAGAGCCGGCCUCCUCCGCGUCCGCGAGUUCCUCAUGGCCGAGAUCGAGCACUUCGUCGACCCCGAGGGCGGCAAGAAGCACUCCCGCUUCGUCGAGGUCGAGGACAUCGAGCUCACCCUGCUCGACCGCCACACCCAGCUCUCCGGCAAGACGGACCUCCGCAAGAUGACCGUCAAGCAGGCCGUCGCCGACAAGGUCAUCGACAACGAGACCCUCGGCUACUUCAUCGCCCGCAUCCACCUCUUCCUCCAGAAGAUCGGCGUCGACAUGACAAAGGUCCGCUUCCGCCAGCACAUGGAGAACGAGAUGGCCCACUACGCCGCCGACUGCUGGGACGCCGAGCUGCUCACCUCCUCCGGCUGGAUCGAGUGCGUCGGCUGCGCGGACCGCAGCGCCUACGACCUGUCCGUCCACGCCAAGAAGACCGGCGCGCCCCUCCUCGUCCGCCAGCGCCUCGACGAGCCCCGCAUCAUCGAGGAGUGGGAGGUCGACAUCGACAAGAAGAAGUUCGGCCCGCAGUUCAAGAAGGACGGCAAGGCGGUCGAGACCGCCCUUGUCGAGACGACCCAGGAGCAGCGCGAGACGUUCUCCAAGCAGCUCGCCGACAACGGCGAGCUGGAGCUCGAGGUCGCCGGCGUCGCCGGCGGCAAGGUCAAGGUCAGCAAGGACCUCGUCAAGAUCGAGUUCAGGAAACGCCAGGAGAACACGAGGGAGUACACCCCCAACGUCAUCGAGCCGUCCUUCGGUAUCGGCCGCAUCCUCUACUCUCUGAUCGAGCACUGCUACUGGAACCGUGCCAGCGAGGCUGGUGGUGACGAGUCCCGCGGUGUCCUCUCCUUCCCCCCCACGAUCGCCCCCACCAAGGUCCUGAUCGUGCCCCUGUCCGGCAACGCCCAGUUCAAGCCCUUCAUCAAGAAGAUCUCCCAGAAGCUCCGCAAGAUCGGCAUCUCGGCCCGCGUGGACGACUCGUCGGCGACCAUCGGCAAGCGCUACAGCCGCAACGACGAGCUCGGCACCCCGCUCGGCAUCACCAUCGACUUCCAGACCGUCCAGGACAGCACCAUCACCCUCCGCGACCGCGACUCCACCAAGCAGGUCCGCGCCGACGAGGACACCGUCAUCGCCGCCAUCCAGAGCCUCGUCGACGGCUCCAAGGAGUGGAAGGACGUCGAGGCCACGCUCCCCGCGUUCGAGGGCCAGGAGGUCGAGAUCGCUCAGCGUGUGUACUCGUCCGGCCAGUUCAUGAACCCAGGCCCGGCGCCACGACCUCCGACCGAUCGACCUCGUCUAAACCUCGUCCCCAACAACAACCUGCCAGGCAACCUACCAGGUAAUCUGCAAGGCAACAUGGCGAACAUGGCCAUCUCGCCCAUCCGGAGCACGGCGACUUCGACCUACACCGGCUCCACCAUCUCCCUCCCGAUCGCCCGUCAGCAGUCGAACCAGAUGGAUGGCAUGGGAGGCGUCGCCGUCAAGAAGGAAGGAUGGGCCUCGGUAAAGGAGUCAAAGAACUUCAUCAACCCGUGGAAGCAAAAAUACCUCAUCUUGCGCAAAGAGUCGCUCGAUUUCCACAAGACUGAGGGUGGCAAGGUCACCUACACUCUCUACCUGAAGGAUGUCGUCAACGUCGGCCGUGUCGAGGCCGCCGGCACCAUCUUCGAGAUCAAGAGAAACCCCAGCGGCUCAUCCAACAGUCCCGGCGAAGACGACGGCCAGACCAAGACGCUGCAGAUUCGAGUCAAGAGCGACGACGACCUGUACGAAUGGAUUGAUUUGAUCUACGGCGCCUGCCCUGGAAUGGGCGGUGUCAGCAACCCCACCAACUUCUCUCACGCCGUGCACGUCGGUUUCGAUCCCCAAACAGGCGAGUUCGUCGGCCUGCCCCCUGAAUGGUCGAAGCUUCUCAACUCCUCCGCCAUCACCAAGGAGGACUACGAGCGAAACCCCCAGGCCGUCUUUGAGGUACUCGACUUCUACUCCGACUUGACCAAGCGCGCCGAGAACCCCCAACAAUACUCCAGCCUUACCCCCACGCCACCCGCCAGCAGCCAACAGAACAAGCAACUCGGGUAUGCUGGUGGUGGUGCUGGUGUCGCGCCGCCUCGGCCCAUGCCGCCGUCCCAGGCCCAGCGUCAACCCAGCUACAACACCCAGCCCUCGUCGCAGAGCCAGCAGCGGCGGCCGUCGCCUACGGAGCAGCAGCAGCAGCGCCAGCAGAUGCAGGGCAUGGCCUCCAACUACCAGCCGGAUCCCCGCGAAGAGGCACGGCUCAAGCAGCUUGAGGCGCAGCGUGCGAGGGAACGGGAGAUCGAGGAACAGAACCGGCGGGACUUGGAGGUCUUCAAUGCCUCCAUUCCCAAGACGAAGACGCCCAUGGCUCAACAAGAAAUUGGCGGCUACGGCGGAUCAUCAAUCCCCCCGACGGACAGAUACAACCCCUCGAGAGCAGCUCCCCCGGCACCGAAACCGUCACAACAGCAGCAGGUCAAUGGCCUUCGUGCCCAGCGACCGGCGCCCUCACCGCCUACCACCGGCCAACCUGCUCGCCCGCCGAUGCAGUCGCAACAGAGCUCGAGCUCGAUGCGGGACCCCAACCAGCAGCAGCGAAUGCCUCGACCAGACCAGCCCAGUCAACAGCAACAGAGGUAUCCCAACGGCAGCCCCCAGCAGCAGCAGAGACAGCCUCCUCAGGCUCAGGCUCAACCGCCAUCUCGCCUGCCCGCUCCUGUCAAGCCUCUGAACGUCUCCAAGGCGCAACCCGCACCCCAAAGCGAUGCCGUCAAGGCCGCAGAGGCGGCUCUCACCGCCAAGCCUACCCCGCAGGAGCGCCAGAAGGACGUCCGCAUGUCCACCAUGUCCGAGGGCGAAGUUAUGGCCAAGCUCAAGGAGGCCGUUUCCAAGGACGAUCCGAACCUCUCCUACUCCAAGCAAAAGAAGAUUGGACAGGGUGCUUCCGGUUCCGUCUACGUCGCCAAGGUCAAGGAGGGCGCCGUCUCUCCCAUCGCCCGCGAGGUCCUGCGCGCGCAGGGCGCCAAGGCCCAGGUCGCUAUCAAGCAGAUGGAUCUUGCUCACCAGCCCAGAAAGGAGCUGAUUGUGAACGAGAUCAUGGUCAUGAAGGACAGCAAACAUCGCAACAUCGUCAACUUCCUCGACGCCUUCCUGCGCAACAACAACGGCGAACUCUGGGUCGUCAUGGAGUUUAUGGAGGGUGGUGCUCUGACGGAUGUCAUCGACAACAACCCUAGCAUUACGGAGGAGCAGAUUUCCACAAUUUGCUUGGAGACGUGCCGUGGUUUGCAACAUCUUCACUCCCAGAACAUCAUCCACCGUGAUAUCAAGUCUGACAACGUUCUUCUGGAUACUCGCGGCAACGUCAAGAUUACCGAUUUCGGUUUCUCCGCCAAGCUCACCGAGACCAAGUCGAAGCGCGCUACGAUGGUCGGAACGCCUUACUGGAUGGCACCUGAGGUCGUUAAGCAGAAGGAGUACGGUCCCAAGGUCGAUAUCUGGUCGCUGGGUAUCAUGGCUAUUGAGAUGAUUGAGUCCGAGCCACCUUACCUCAACGAGGAGCCCCUGAAGGCUCUCUACCUAAUCGCCACCAACGGAACACCGCGCCUCAAGAAGCCCGAGAAGCUGAGCAAGGAGCUCAAGGCCUUCCUGUCGGUCUGCUUGUGCGUAGAUGUCAAGAGCAGAGCAUCUGCGGACGAGCUUCUGGCGCACGACUUCCUCAAGCAUGGCUGCCCUCUCGGUAGCUUGUCUGAGCUCCUCGCCUUCAAGAAGCACGCCAAAUAA